UUUUGUGUCUGAAGCUUGUGGAAAAAAAAAAAAAAACUCUUCCUUCCCUUUUUUCUUCUUCAUUUACCUCUCAAAAUCCAAUACCCAGAAAAAGGGAAAACAACGAAAAUGUCUUCUCCAAGCAAACGUCGAGAGAUGGAUUUGAUGAAACUGAUGAUGAGUGACUACAAGGUGGAGAUGAUCAAUGAUGGCAUGCAGGAGUUCUAUGUGGAAUUCAAUGGACCAAAAGACAGUCCUUAUCAGGGAGGUUUGUGGAAGAUAAGGGUGGAGCUUCCAGAUGCAUAUCCUUAUAAAUCUCCAUCUAUUGGCUUUGUAAACAAGAUCUACCACCCAAAUGUUGAUGAAAUGUCUGGUUCAGUCUGUUUGGAUGUUAUCAAUCAGACUUGGAGCCCUAUGUUUGAUCUGGUGAAUGUAUUUGAAGUGUUUCUUCCUCAACUUCUUCUGUAUCCCAACCCAUCAGAUCCAUUGAAUGGUGAAGCUGCUGCACUAAUGAUGCGGGACCGCGCUGCUUAUGAACAAAGAGUGAAAGAGUACUGUGAGAAACAUGCCAAGCCAGAGGAUGUUGGAACAGCUGGGAAAGAAGAGUCAAGUGAUGAGGAGCUGAGUGAAGAUGGUGAAUACGCUUCAGAUGAUGAUGAGACAAUUCCUGGAAACCCUGAUCCCUAAGUGCAUGAUGCACCAUAUAAGAAUCCUGUCUGUGUUGUACAUGAUAUUCGGUUCAAGGAAAAUUGAAACUUGACAAAACUGGUGGCUUAUGGAAAAGCUCUCAUCUGUGCCACCCUCUUUGUCUGUUUUAUUUUUCCAUGGAUGAUGUGUAAAUCAAUCCACUCUGGUUGAAUUAUUCAUUCACUGUUGAGGACCAAAGCUCAUGCUCUUGACAUGCAAGCAUAACUUAAUGCAUUAAACAUUAUCAUCGAUG